UCUUGUGACGAUCCGCACCAGAUUGGAUGUCUGAAAAGUAAAGUGCGAUAUUAAAGUAACAACUAUCCUGCUUUGCUAAAGCAGACUCAUUAUUCGCGAUUUGAGGACAAAGUAGGUGAUAUUGGUGAAAAUACGAAAAGGCUGGCCAAAAGGACUAAACAUCGCAAAUAUGGCUUCAACAAUGGAUACACUUAUGAUGAACACAUAUCCAAAUGUUACGAACACAACGUCAGAGCCAUCACACGCAGAGAUGUUUUACAACAGACAUUCGCUUGUGAUUGUGUGCCUCCUUUGCGGGACCUCCAUCAUAGCUAACUCUCUGCUUAUCACAUUGAUACGCCUCAUGCCCGGAAAAUGUAACAGCACGCACUUGAUUAUUAUCAACUUACUAUUCGGAGACUUGGGCGAAAGCACAAUGUUUCUCGUGGAUGAAAUUAUCAAUGAAGUACUCAAACCAGAUUCUUCAUGCUUCACAAUGAUAAUGGAUGCGCUAUUUAGAUUGUUCGACACUGUGUCAAUUCUAUCAUUACUCGCCUUAGCCAUAAACCAGUAUAUUGGGAUAUGUCGACCACUUCACUACCAAAGCAUCGUGACUAGGACUAGAACUAUAAUUGCAAUAUGUUUCAUUUGGGUUGUGUCGCUGAUUUUACCCUUCAUGAUUGUUCUUACCCCAUUGGCGCACACAAACUGGCAGGCUUGCCCAGCAGAACACUCUGUUUUUCAAUCGGCCGAGUGGAUCUUUGCAAUUGUAUUGAUAAUAGAAGUCAUAACGAUCGUGGUGCUGUAUAUGAAAGCCUUGAUAAAGGUCCAGGCGUAUAGAGCUAGACAAUCUAGCUAUACACACUGCGCGAAUUUGGAACAGAAUCGCAAGGCAUUUGUUACUACGAUGAUCGUCCUCGCGACUUUGGUUCUCACAUGGCUACCUUUUUUGAUGUACCGAUUUUUCGUUUUUACGGUCAUGCGAUUGGUCGAUGAGAAAUCUGUCACCAUCUUGCAUUCUGACGUCUAUUACAACUUCAUCUGUUUUCUCCCCUUGAUAAACACGAUUAGUGAUCCCAUCAUCUAUGGCGUCCGGAUGCAUGACGUUCAACAAUGCAUCAAACGCAAGUGCAGAAACUGUAACGGGGGCAAGAAUGGAUUACAUGGCAACGGGACAACCUGCCUCACUCACGACGGAACUGACCACCAUAUUAUUUACCACGGAGGGCAAAGAUUAUCCAGUCCCAAAACCCGCCAACAUAGCAACAUUGAACUUCAUGAUAUUAUAUCAAAUCCAAAUAAAUAUGGGACCGGCGUGUAAGAUAUAUAUUCAUGAUAUUAUAUAUGAUUUCAGUAUUUAAAAAUCUCUAGUCAACAGUACCUCGCUCGUGUAUUACUGAAACGCUAGUUGAAUAUGG